CCCCUCCCCGUCACUUUCAUCUCCCCACUUUACAAUUACAUGCACUACCACCACCACGGAACACACCAUUCACAUGUCCUCCCCCCACUUCUUAAAACUCAAUUCUUUCCAUAUCAUUUGACAAACAAGAGGUAACAAAAGCUGAUGGGGUUUGAUCUUGAAUCAGUUGCGGAGGCAACUUCAGGGGCCAUUGGGGCUCUGGUCAGCACCACCAUCUUGUACCCGCUUGAUACUUGCAAGACCAAAUACCAAGCUGAAGUCCGAGCUCAGAAUCAGCAGAAGUACAGAAACAUUUCUGAUGUUUUCUGGGAAGCAAUUUCGACUCGUCAGGUGCUUUCAUUAUACCAGGGCCUUGGGACAAAGAACCUGCAGUCCUUUAUUUUACAAUUCAUAUAUUUCUAUGGGUACAGUUUCUUCAAGAGGUUGUACUUGAAGAAAAGUGGAAACAAAACUAUGGGAACAAAAGCAAACUUGCUAGUUGCAGCCGCUGCUGGGGCUUGUACAGUCAUAGUGACACAGCCCUUGGAUACAGCAUCAUCAAGGAUGCAAACGAGUGAAUUUGGUAAAUCCAAAGGGCUCUGGAAGACCCUUUCAGAGGGAACUUGGAUUGAGGCAUUUGAUGGUCUUGGCAUAUCACUUCUUUUGACUUCUAACCCAUCGAUCCAGUAUACGGUAUUUGACCAGCUGAAACAGAAGCUAUUGGUUGCGCGGCUGAGCAACAGAACCGGUACAGAGUCAUCUCCAGAAGCUCUUUCUGCUUUUUCUGCUUUCACAUUGGGUGCAGUCUCAAAGUGUAUCGCAUCUUGCUUGACAUACCCAGCCAUCAGGUGCAAGGUGAUGAUUCAAGCAGCAGAUGAAGAUGAAGAAAGUAACGAUGAAGUCCAUGAAAGGUCUUAUAAAACGAAAAAGACAAUUUCAGAUGCAUUUCAUGCCAUUUGGAGAAAAGAGGGGCCACUGGGUUUCUUCAAAGGUUUACAGGCUCAGAUACUAAAAACUGUUCUAAGCUCCGCACUCCUAUUGAUGAUCAAGGAGAAGAUCACAAAGACAACCUGGGUCCUAUUGAUUGCACUAAAGAAAUUUCUCUUUCUCAAGCCAAGCAGAUUAAAGAAUGCUUGAUGUAGCGAUGAAGUCCGCUUAUUAAAGAUGCUCCAUAUGAUUCGUUCAUGAUUCAAUCGAUACAUAAAAAGUGUAUUGGAGACUGAUCACAAGGAAACUAUGUAUUAGAGACGAAGUUUUUCUUCACGUGUACUUUGUAAUUGUUAGUAUCUAUCAACUUAGAUUGUCGAAAGGAAGCUGGAAAGUUAAAAAAUUUAUUCAGCUGAAGCAUAAACCUGUCUAGUCAUGUAUAUUGUUACAGCAAAGGGAACUGAUGCAAUGGAAGCCUUAAGGACUA